AUGACAGACGCUCAAAACAUCCCUAAUUUCAAGCUGGUACUUGUUGGUGAUGGUGGUACGGGAAAGACCACUUUUGUGAAGCGUCACCUUACCGGCGAGUUUGAGAAGAAGUACAUUGCGACCCUCGGUGUUGAAGUCCAUCCUCUCCAGUUUCACACCAACUUUGGCCCUAUCGUUUUCAACGUGUGGGACACUGCAGGCCAGGAAAAGUUUGGUGGCCUGCGUGAUGGCUACUACAUCCAGGGCCAGUGUGGCAUCAUUAUGUUUGAUGUUACCUCGCGUAUUACAUACAAAAACGUUCCUAACUGGCACCGCGACCUCGAACGUGUUUGUGAGAACAUUCCCAUUGUUCUCUGUGGUAACAAGGUCGAUGUGAAGGAACGGAAAGUCAAGACGGGAGCCGUGACGUUCCACCGUAAGAAGAACUUGCAGUACUUUGAGAUUUCCGCCAAGUCGAACUACAACUUCGAGAAGCCUUUCCUGUGGCUCGCCAGGAAGUUGGUUGGCAAUCCCGCACUUGAAUUUGCCGCUGCUCCGGCUCUCGCUCCUCCAGAAGUCCAGAUUGACCACAGUCUCAUGGAGCAAUACAACAAGGAGCUCGAGACGGCUGCCGCCGCUCCUCUUCCCGAUGAGGACGAUGGCGAUCUUUAA